AUGCGAACAACAAGGAGAAGGGUGAUGGGUCAGCUCAGAAGCUUAUCCCUGUUGUCAUGUGAAGGAAGCACACUUAGUUUUUUGGAAAGUUUUACCAGAGAUUUCAUUGCAGAAGUAUUAAUGACCCCUGUGACAAUGGCAGAAAAUGGUGGGCAGGAAAAGGCAAGAUGGAUCACAACAGUUAUCAUGAGUUCAGCUCUCCAGAGUCAUGAAGUUUCAGAAUCUCUACAGAGGCAACACCACAGAGUUCGAUAUUCAGAUUCGGUGGAAAAUGGAUCCAUGAUUUUUUCUCUUUCUGGCAUUGCAUUUCUAUUGGCAGACACACAAGACUUAUUUAAGACAGGAGGAGAACUGUUUUUAGGCAGAACUGAGAAGUUCAUAAACGUUCAUCGGAAUAGUUUUUUGCUUUUGUCAGCUGCCUUGCAUGGACCAAAAGAAUGGGAUUUAAUGUUCAGGAUUCAGAAAAGAUUCCUGGGCAGUAAUUUACGAGUAAUUCCAGUUCAUAACACUGCUGAAACUGUUAAACUCAUGCUAACUAUAGCCAAGAUCACCUGCAAACCACACAUAGACAACAUUCGCUACAGAAUGCUAAUGGCAAAAGCCCAGAUCAUAGACCAGAGUCCAGUUUGGAAAAUGCUUCACAAGAUCCAGUUGGAUUGUAACUAACUUAGUACCAAUUAGAUUUAUUCAAAACUUCUGGAGUUACAUUUCUAAACAAAAUACAAAUGCUUUUCUUGUCUGUUCAAAAAAAAUACAGCAACUGUACAAAAAAUGGUCAGCUUAAAAAUAUUUGUGUAUAUAAUUAAUGCAUUAAAUGAAAAUUUACAUAACAUUUAUUGUGAUAUUCAGUGUUAUAUAGUGUGAGUUAUACCAAAUUUGCUAACUUAGAGAAAAGUUACGGGAUUUUUUUUUAUGUUUUGUUUUUACAAUUUGGGCAAUUUAAAUAAAACCAUCAUUAAAAAGCAAGUGCCUUACCUUCAGCUUGAUUGCAAAGUGAUCUGUGAUUUUCCAAAACAUUUAAACACCUCUUUGGGAGAUUCUUCAUAGUUAGGGAGGAUAAGAAUAAUCAAAAUGAUCCUAGAGUAGAUUCCCCCAAGUCCAUAUA